AUGCGUCCAAUCCUCCUCAAGGGCCACUCCCGGUCGCUCACCAUGAUCAAGUACAACCGCGAAGGCGACCUGCUCUUCUCCUGUGCCAAGGACCAUACGCCCAAUCUCUGGUACAGCGACACGGGCGAGCGCCUGGGCACGUACGUGGGUCACUCGGGUGCAGUCUGGGCCUGUGACGUGAGCUACCACUCGGAGCGUCUCUUAACAGCUGCAGCCGAUGCGAGCGUCAAGCUCUGGGACGUGGAGACAGGUGACGAGCUCUUCUCGUUCCCGCAUUCGGGGCCAGCUCGGAGCGUCCAGUUCAGCACGGGCGACCGCUACUUUGUAUCGGUAGCUGACAAGUUCUCGGACCGUCCAGCUGCUGUGUUUGUCUACGAGCUGGCUGAAGACGUGAGCCAGCAGAGUGCCGAACCGGUGCUGACGAUCACGGACCACGGCCACGAAGGCCGCAUCACUGGCGCCUACUGGAUGCCGCUGAACAAGGCGAUCUUGACCACGGGUGGAGACGGCACGGUGAAGCUCUUUGACCCCAAGACAGGAGCUUUGCUGGAGACUCAUGAGGUGCAUGUGGGUGAGAUCACGAACUUGACGUUCAACAAGUCAAAGACACUUGCAAUUACGUCGUCCAAGGACAAUACAGCCAAGCUGCUGGAUGUCGAGACGAUGAAGGUGCUCAAGGUGUACGAGACGGACCGACCGGUGAACUCGGCAGCGAUUUCACCUAUUAAGGAGCACGUGGUGCUUGGUGGAGGACAAGAAGCUAUUAGUGUCACCACGACGUCGGGUCGGGUCGGCAAGUUUGAAGCGCGGUUCUUCCACAUGGUCUUUCAGGAAGAGUUCGGACGGGUGAAGGGUCACUUUGGACCAAUCAACACGAUUGCGUUUCAUCCAAAUGGCAAGAGCUAUGCGUCUGGAGCUGAGGACGGGUAUGUGCGACUUCACCACUUUGAUACCGACUACCUCAAGCUCGAUGUCAAGAAGUGA